AUGGGUAUUUCUCGUGAUUCUCGUCACAAGCGUUCCGCUACCGGUGCCAAACGUGCUCAAUUCAGAAAGAAGCGGAAGUUUGAGUUGGGCCGUCAAGGUGCCAACACCAGAAUCGGACCAAAGCGUAUCCACGCCGUCAGAACCAGAGGUGGUAACCAGAAAUUCAGAGCUUUGAGAGUUGAGACCGGAAACUUCUCAUGGGCCUCGGAGAACAUUACCAGAAAGACCAGAAUCACCGGUGUUGCCUACCACCCUUCCAACAACGAGUUGGUCAGAACAAACACCUUGACUAAGAGUGCCAUCGUCCAGAUCGAUGCUACUCCUUUCAAGUCUUGGUUCGAGAACCACUACGGUGCUUCUUUGGGAAAGAAGAACAUCAAGAAGGACGAGGAGGAAGCUGCCAAGCCAUCUAAGAAGCUCGAGAAGAAGUGGGCUGCCAGAGCUGGUGAGUCUAAGAUUGAGAACGCCGUGAACUCCCAGUUCGGUGCCGGUAGAUUGUACGCUGCUAUCUCUUCCAGACCAGGUCAGUCUGGUAGAUGUGAUGGUUACAUCUUGGAAGGUGAAGAGUUGGCUUUCUACUUGCGUAGAUUGACUGCCAAGAAAUAA